AUGGGAUUCACAGUGUCUCCUUCUGAUCCGAGCCUCUUUGUCAAGAAAACUUCAUCUGAUAUUCUUAUUCUUCUAUUGUACAUUGACGACAUCAUCCUCACAGGCUCUAAUCCUGAGCUUGUCAACUUUGUUAUUCAUGAUCUUGGGGAAGUUUUGAAAUUCAAGGAUAUGGGACAACUCAAAUAUUUUCUGGGACUUGAGAUUCGUUAUCAGGUUGAUGGAAAGAUGUUUGUCAAUCAGGUUAAGUAUGCUAAGGAUUUACUCAUAAGGCUACCAUGGAUACGUGUAAACCCUGUAUAUGGGAUCACUUUCUCUCCUGUCACUAUGCUUCUCAAUGGCUAUUAUGAUGCUGACUGGGCAGAGGCAAAAUAUCGUGCUCUUGCUUAUUGUGCUGUAGAGAUUUCAUGGAUUAGACAACUGUUGCACGAUUUACAUAUGGUUAUUCCUGAAGCUCCAGUUUUACAUAGUGAUAACUUGUCUGCCUUAGCACUGAGUGCUAAUCCGGUGCUUCAUUCUCGUAUCAAGCAUAUGGAGAUAGAUUUCCACUUCAUUAGAGAGAGAGUUCAAAACAAAGACCUUAUUGUUCAAUAUGUUUCAACUGAUGAGCAAGUGGUUGAUAUUCUUACAAAGGGUCUUCAUAGUCCCCUGUUUGUCAAACACUGUGCCAAUCUCAGUCUUGGCUCACCCCCAACUGAGAUUGAGGAGGGAUGA